UGAACAAAUGCAAAUAAAUAUAUUGAAGAUAAAAGAAGAUCAGAACUUGUCUCGUGCACAGUUCUCUGGAGCAAACCGGACUACACCUAAAUUGAGAUCAUAAACCACACGCAUAUCUUGUUGCUGCCAUGCCCCCAGCACUGUUUUGCCUGCGAACGGCAUCAAAGCCACGCAAAAGUAUAUCUUUGCCUUGUCAUGAAAAUACAUAUACGUUGGUUCCACCUUAUAGUCGGCUCCUUGGAAAUGGAAUGUCAUUGGUAUAUAUGCACGGAACUUUGGAUUAGACUUGUAGCAGUAUUCCAUCCCCCCAACUUUUGGUACCCUCUGCACGCCUAAAGACUUGAAAUGCUCGUCAAAUUCCUUCAUCACUCUCUCAUAAGGACCUCGGUCUAAGAACGUGGUUAUGGCUCCUGUGUCGAUGAUGCAGCCUCCAUUUCCGUUUGGUUUCAGAGCAAAGGUUCCUGGUGGGAAACCAAUACGACGGUCCCCAACACUAAUGUCUAGCAAAUGAAGGUAGGCAUUGGGUUACCAGAGAAGCUGGUAUUUUUACUUAUGGACACAGGUGGUGGCCUGAUUUGGACGCAAUGCGAACCGUGCAAGAACUGUUACAAGCAAGCAUAUCCCAUUUACAAUUCACGUGCUUCCAUUACUUACAGGAAACUCCCUUGUAACCACCCUCUCUGUAAAGGCGACAGUGCCCGCUACCAAUGCGUCAAUGGCGAAUGCGUUUACGACCUCGGUUAUCUUGGCGGGGCGUCAACCAAAGGCGUUGCAUCCUUCGAAACAUUCAAAGUUCCAGUCGACGAAUCUAACGCCAAGUACAUUUAUAAUGUAAUCUUUGGCUGCUCGAACGAUAACCAAGGUAUGCAAUUUGCCAAAAAUGGUGUCAUUUCUGGGGUCUUGGGAUUGAGCCUGUCGCCGGAUUCACUAGUCUCUCAGACGCUCGAUGAAGACUACCGACGAUUCUCUUAUUGCUUGAUCCCUUUUGAUGAAGCCGUGGUCAUGGCUCCUAGUCUUCUAAGAUUUGGUGCUGACAUUCCCUUACCGCCGACAAACAUUCAGACAACCCCAUUUGUCAAACCACCGGCCGGGACAAAUUAUUACCUUUUGAAUUUACAGGAUGUAAGUGUUGGCUUCCAUCGACUAGGGUUUCCACCAGAUACCUUCAAACCCAAGCAAGAUGGCACAGGUGGUUGUAUUAUAGACUCAGGAGCUUUGAUCUCUAGACUUGAUCAGAAUACCAUUAAUGGGCGCAAUGCUUACAUGGAGGUGAUGGAUGCAUUUAAGAAUCAUUACGAUUAUUUCAAGCUUCAGAGAAUUGGAAAAGUGGCUGAGGGUCUUGAACUUUGUUACGAAUACAAACAGGAUUUCAUGGAGUAUGCCACAAUGACGUACCACUUUGAAGGAGCAGACUACAAUGUAGAGUCAAAGUACGUGAAUUUUUAUGACACUCAGGCAGGGUAUUUUUGCGUAGCACUGUUGCCAGGAAAUGGAAAAAGUUUACUUGGAGCAUGGCAUCAACAAAAUAUGCGCAUUAUUUAUGAUGGCAAAAUUGGUGCACUCCAAUUUGCCACCGAGCAUUGUGCUACUAAUAAUCAUAUAAAUUAAUAAGAUAUUCCUGUAAUUUUCUAAUCAA